CAGCGCUUCUUUUUCCGAAGUUGCCUCAUGAGGAAACUUCAGGCGGCUUUGGAGUUCGGGGAGAUUGUCACCCUGAAGAAGAGGCGAAUCUCCCCGAAUUUGCUCUUGUGGACUGACCCUAAGAAUAGCUGUGGCCCUGGGACCUGUAUUGCUGUAACAGCUGGAGGGUCACAAGAUGUGCACCUGAUUAUAUAAGAGCGUCUGUCUGGAAUAAAAUGCAACAAAUGAGGCUGCAGUGAUUACACAGUAAAUGUUGUUUUUCUGUGUCCUGUGAAGUAACACUACCCAUAAUCUAAACUUGCUCAGGAGCAGGGGAAACCAAGUCUCUUCCUCUCUGGGCAAAUAACAAAGGCAUAUUGUCACGUUGCCACAAAUCCCUCAUUACACAGAGGAAGGGGGAAUCUAAUGCUCAGAGUUCUAGAGCAGGGGGUCUCCGGGAACUGAGGGUCUCUUUGAUCAGGAAAAUCCAAUUAUUUGUGUAUACACAUUCCCCACUUAGUGAUUACUUCAUUAAUUGUCCCGCCUUUUGUCACCUCCCUUUCCACUCCUGUGUAAUAAUCAGUCCCUUUAUGUCGACCCAACCAACACUCCAUGAGGGCUUUGUACAUUCAAAGGAUUUGCUGGGGCUUCUGAAAGAGCUGCUCUUCUUUGAUGAUUGGGCGGCGGCAAACUUCAAAGGCAGAGAAACGGACUGUGACUGGCUGGCGGCCCAGCAAAGUCCUUAUCAAAUUCUUGGAGGUGAUCCUGCUGCAGUCAGUCAGUCAGUCAGUGGAACGGCCGCUGGAGGGAAGAGAGGUGGGAAGAGGGGAGGAUACUACACAGCACUAAACAAACAAACUGGUGCCACUAACUGCUUCAUGUAUCUCCACCAGUGUCCUGCUCAUCAUCAUCAUCAGGCACCUGUAGGAGCUGGACUAUGGCUGCUGUGGCUGUCCUAAGGAAUGAUUCUCUCCAGGCUUUCCUACAGGACAGAACUCCCAGUGCAUCCCCAGAUGUUGGUAGGCACACACCCUUGGCUCUUCUGGCAGCUACGUGUAAUCGAAUAGGCCAGCCAGGUACAAGUCCUACUGAUUUUAUUCAGCUUCCUUAUAACCCAACAAUUGGAUCUCCAUCUAGGAUUUUCCAUCCAUGGACUAAUGAAAUACCUACACAUUCCACUGGUGGAAUUCAACCUCACAAUGGCAUUGGACUUCAAAAAACACAACUUGCCUCUCACAUCCAGUCUUCCUUUGUUACUCAUGAAUUACCCUUGACACCACCAGCAGAUCCUUCCUAUCCAUAUGAAUAUUCUCCAGUGAAGCUGUUACCUCCCCCCAUGGCUGCUUUUCAGGCUUCUGCUUGCCAGUCUGCAUAUGUGCCUACUGUUCCUUAUGCACCCCCAGCCCCUAUUACAUCUGCUCUUCAUGGGUUUGUACCCAGCCAUUCAAACUUGAUACACCAGCAGCCAAUGCAACUCUCUCCCAAUCUGGCAGAAGAUAUGCCCUGGUGGAGCAUUCAGCAAGCCACACCAGUUGCCUAUGCAUCUCCUAUUCCUCAUCCGCAUCACCGGUUUCCUAUCCAGAGAAGUUUAGUUUUAGGGCAUUCAGAUUUUGCACAAUAUCAGACUCAGAUUGCUGCACUACUGCAAACAAAGUCUCCCCUAGCCACAGCCAGGAGAUGCAGAAGAUGCAGGUGUCCCAACUGCCAAACUUCCAGUGGUCCUGAUGAGGUAGGCAAAAAGAAGCAGCACAUUUGCCACAUACCAGGCUGUGGAAAAGUUUAUGGCAAAACCUCCCAUUUAAAGGCUCAUUUGAGGUGGCACUCUGGGGAAAGACCUUUUAUUUGCAACUGGCUGUUCUGUGGCAAAAGCUUCACCAGGUCAGAUGAAUUACAGAGGCACUUAAGGACUCACACUGGUGAGAAGAGGUUUGUCUGCCCGGAAUGUGGGAAAAGGUUCAUGAGAAGCGACCAUCUGGCAAAACAUGUAAAAACCCAUGAAAACAAGAAAAUAAAAAAUGUAGAAAGGACAGUGAAGCAGGAGCAGAACAGGGGCCAUUAGUAUAAGCCUGACACAUGUUUCUCCAGUGCAAUAUACAAUAUGCUGGGUACUCCCAUUGGAUUAAUAACAACCAUUCAAAGGUAAAUGGUGAUACAGUCUCAGAACUUGUCUCACCUAUAUAUUUGUACAGGGUUUCUUCAGAUUUGUUUUUUCACAAUGGCUGUCUUGGGAAGGAUACUGUGUUUUCAUACUCUGUGUAUAUUUCUGUUAAUAAUUAAACUAAGUACAAAAAAAUGAAUAACUUAAAUGUAAAAGACUUCAAAGCUUCUGCAAACUAUUUAACGAUUUUGUGAAACCCCUGUUUCAUUGGUCGCCCCUCUGCAGCAUGCAGUCCUUGGUUCCCUAGGAAAAAAAUAAACAAUGGAGUCACUUGUUCAGAAGAUCUGAGCCGAGUCACUUGCUUUGAUACUCUAGUAUCAUAUUUGGGGAAGGGAGAGAAAGACAUUUAGUAACGGGGGCGAUACAAUGGCUCUACGGUAAACACAAUCACAGCUAGGUGUUACUGUGCAAUUAUUUCAAUCACUUUUGGUUGUAGAAUUCUAUUCACAGGAGAUCCAGAAGUACAGUAAUGUUUCUUUCCUAAGGGAAAAUAAAAAUACUAGUCCCUAUUCUUAUAUAGAUAUUGCACAGUACCAUUCCUGAGUGUGACCCUGACUACUAAAAUGCUUAUAUAAUUAAAAAAAAUAAAAAUAAUAUUAGGAUAUGUUAUAUAGCAAUACUAAAAUAUAACAUUUUUCAUUCCACAGCUAGUGAUGUUUCAUGUUUGCUUGAGAAGCAGUUCCUAUGUCAUUGAAGCUGCUUUGUAUUGCAAAUAUCGGAUGUGCGAUUUAGCAUAAAUUUUUGUAUCACAUACAGAUCAGGUAUCAUUUACACUUAUAGGAGGAAUACAUAUACAAUCCUUGAGUGAAAUAAGUACUAGUGAAAGGGGUAAUUUACCUAGAAAUUCACUUUAAUAUGUUGUAGAAUGGAUUGUAGCAAUUUUGGUCUGUCAUUUUAUUCUGGUUAUUUGGUGUUGGGGGUCAUUGUCUCCAGCAGCCAAAAAAAUAUUGCUCUGUGAGCCUUCAUUUUAA